AGAAAUUCUCAUUUACAAAUAUCGCAGAAAUAAUAGUGAAAGGUUGGAAAAUGCGUAAUAAGCAAAUUGAUUUAUUUCAAAGCAAGCACGUCGAAAGGCUCAGAAAAAUCAUGACAGCUAUUCUUCAAUUGGUCUUAAGAACUAGUAGUCUAGUAGAGAUUGAAAUGUUUGAUUAUUAUGCUAUUCGGCAAGACGAACCAUUUUUCCGUGAUGUUUUGAACGUCAUUCCAUUUUCCUCCUAUCAACUCGGAUUAUCAAAAUUACGCAAUUUGACAAUACAUUUUGAGUCAUCUGCAUACUAUAAGGAGUUAUUAAGGAAUUUAUCAAAAUCGUGUAUUAGUAUUCAAAGGCUAGAGUAUAAGAUCAAACGAUAUACAGAUACCGAGAUCAUGGAUACAUUGGCCGACAUCAUAACAGCACAGUCUAAUCUAGAGGAGUUUUCGAUGAAUAUUCCUGAUAUCGCCCACGUCCAAGAAAGAUUUAUGAGAU